AUGAAGCUAGGUUCACAAUGGAGAGUCAGCGUCGCUGUACCUUUAAUUGUCUCUCUCUGUCUGUACGCUCCCGUCGUCCAUUCAUACCCGAACCCUCCACCCUUUACAGAUUGGGGCUCCGUUAGAUGCCCACCCGAGGGUUCUUCAGCAACACUUCCGACUCCGACUUACGGCUCGGGACAGGGACUCUUUGUCGUCUGCACUGAGGACGUCAUCAACGUCCCGGCCCAAGAAGUCUACACGGCUCUGCUCGAUUUCCAGCGCUAUCCCACGUUUAGCAACUUCGUCAUCGACAUUGACUUUCCCGAUGACUUUGUCGGCAAGACGCCUGACGACGUCUACAUAGGUCUGCUCAUGACCUUUCAUUCGACUGGCGUUUUCCCUCUCGUCAACACGACGAGCCCUGAGAUGGUUACGGUCAUGAAGGAUUCGCCUGACGAGGGGUAUCUCAUAGUGAGCUGGAAGUACGAUGAUGGCCUCGAAGGUGCAUUUCUGAGUACGGAGCACCCCACGAUCCUGAUUGAUCAAGUGCAAGUUGUCGGCUACGCUGCUCGUUCUGUGGCUAGAAAUAAGACCGACCAGCUCAUACCCUACGUUAUCCAGAGCACUUUCAUCCUCGUCUCGCCGGCUCUAUUCGCGGCUUCCGUCUACAUGGUUCUAGCUCGUAUAAUUCGCAGCUUGAACGCCGAGUCACUGUCGAUCAUUCCCAUUAAGUGGCUUACCAAGAUCUUCGUUGCCGGUGAUGUGAUCUCCUUCGUUGUCCAAGCCAGCGGGGCCGGUAUUAUGGCCUCGGGUGGUUCAAUGUCAACGCGUGAAAAUAUCAUCCUUUGUGGUCUUUUCGUGCAGAUUAUCGUCUUUGGAGUCUUUGUCAUCACAUCGGCCAUUUUUCACAAGCGAUUCAACUCGUCUCAAGUGGCACAUGUCCUUUACGCGGCCAAUAAUCAGGAGCGGGUGAAGAUCAUGCAUAUGCUUUACGCCGUGAGUGGACUUAUCAUGGUCCGAUCCAUAUUCCGAGUCGUGGAGUACAUCAUGGGGCAUGAUGGCUACUUGCUCGCGAAUGAGUGGCCGCUAUAUAUAUUUGACGCAGUUCUGAUGUUCUUUGUUGUCGUUCUCUUUGGCUGGAGAUUCCCUAGCUACCUAGCAAAGGGCAACACAAAGAACACGCCAGAUGCCGAGUCUUCUCCUAGCGAGCAGUACAUGAUGGAUAUACGAGACACCAAAUAA